AUGCCUUCGAGACACUCUGUGGUUCCGAACCUGGAUCUGAGCCCAUCCACGCUGCAGGCGGGAACGAAGAACUCCUCUCCUCUGUCACCUGGUGCUCAGAGCUCCGACGGUCUCAGCCCCCUGACGCCUCACUCGCCAAAGUCUUCCUCCAGUUCACAAUUCUUCAAAGGGGCCACAAUACGCCCCGUCACUCAAGACUCAAACCAGACAACCGAUAGUCCAACGUUCCCUGCAUCUCCUGGUGCCGCUACAGAACCACCAACUCCAGGUUUCACAGCUAUACCGCAGUACCCGCCGUCGCCUAGGGAGUCGCCCAAGCACACGCGUGAUCCCUCGCGGUCCUUCUUCGCCAGCCUCAAGGCACCAAAGUACUCUCACAAGGCACAAAGAUCGGACGGUUCGGGAAAUUCUGCAGAGAAACCGAAGAGCCGCGGUAGCUCUAGGGAUCGCAGGGCGCAGGUGACGUCAAAACUUUAUGAAUCGUCUCCUGAUCUCCCAGCGAUGAUCGCUCAACACGAAGCCGGUAGGUACCAGUUGAGCGUUGGCAUUCCCAAGGUGUCCAAAAUUAACUCUAGUCAAGAUGGCAACCUCCCCGACGAAAAGCACACCCAGACUCAAACGACAGAGCUCAAAAAGGUGGGAACUGAAUUGGAUGGGUACAGCUCGCUCAAGAAGACGAAACCACGAUUCGCCAACCUUCUAUCCCGCUCCCGGUCGAUCAGGGUGGACGACUCAGCAAAGAGCCGAGCACCGAAUAGGCGUCCGUCUACCAGUCUUUUGAGACUCGAAGAGAAUUGCAAGCCAGAAACGCAGGAGUCUGCAAAAUCUCGACAAGAGCGUGGGAUAAAAACAGCUGGAAGCGGCAGUACCAGGGGAUUGCCUGUCGAACGACCUGCGGAAUUUGGCAAUAACUUGACGGCACGGAAGGGGUCACUGGUGCCUUCGGCGUCCUUGAGCCAAGUGUCGGGUGCUUCGGCCGCCAUAUUCAACAAUCUCAAGCAAUCUUCCAGCGGAGCAGCCGAUCGAUUAGGAAAGGCCGGCAAAGGCUUCUUCGGCAAGAUCACGAGGAGUGGUAGCACUAACGAGCGCGAGUUGGUCGCAGAUGAUAAUUAUGUUUGUUCUGUCAUCAACCUGCCCUUGAUCGAGCAAGCACGCCGGACACGCAUCGCCAAACGACUCGAGGACUGUAGGGAUAAGACUGAGUUCUGGAUGCCCGCUUUGCCGUAUCGUUGCAUAGAUUACCUCAACUUUAAAGGAUGUGAGGAGGAAGGGCUCUACCGUGUGCCAGGAAGUGGCAAGGAAGUAAAGCACUGGCAAAGACGCUUCGAUACAGAGUUGGAUGUAAGCCUCUUUGAUGAACCAGAUCUUUAUGACAUCAACACUAUUGGCUCCAUGUUCAAAGCUUGGCUGCGCGAACUACCGGACGAACUAUUCCCCAAAGAGACUCAAGCCAUGAUCGCUGAAAAAUGCGAGGGUGCUACUACGGCACCACAAUUGCUAAAAGAUGAGCUCUCAAAAUUGCCUCCCUAUCAUUACUACCUUCUCUUCGCCAUCACCUGCCAUCUCAACCUUCUCCACUCAUACGUCGACCAAAACAAAAUGGAUUACCGCAACCUUUGCAUUUGCUUCCAGCCUUGCAUGAAAAUUGAUGCAUUCUGUUUCCAAUUCCUGGUUUGCGACUGGAAGAAUUGCUGGCAGGGCUGCUGGACGGAGAAAGAGUGGCUCCAGCGCGAAAAGGAAAUGGACGAGCGAGAAAAGGCACCCGAAGGAAAAGAGACUCAGGCGCCCAGUGUCGACGAGAGGGCCGUUUCAUCUGGCAGCAGUCAAAGCAGCACUUAUGAAGCGCCGCCCCGUCCCGAGACGCCAAAGCCUCACAAGAAAAAGCCCCGGAAGAUUGAAACCUCGCAUACAAGGAGCGUAUCCCAGCUCCCCGAGCUUGGUCCCCCUCUGUCACCGAUUCAGAUCUGA